AUGGAAAACAAUGCAAAUAGUUCAUCAGCAGCAUCAGGGGCACCACCACAAGCAAAGGAGCUAUUAAAGAAGCUCCAAGAUUUAGAAACAGGUCAUACCCAGUUAAAGCAAGAGAUGUCAAAGCUCAUGAAUUCACCACAUUCAACUAUACAUCUCUAUUACAAGCAGAAGUCUCGUUCCACUUCCCCUCAACGUGUGCCGUGGAGGAGGGCCGUCAGCGGAGAUGGUGGUUUAGGGGCGGCGUGGAAGAGAGGGUCACUAUCAUUCCGGCAUUCAUCGCCUUUGCAGAGGGAGAGUAGUAGUAAGGAUGUGCAUAGUAGCGGCGGCGGUGGUGGAGGGCCAGCGGCGGUGAACUUUACUGAUGAGCAGUAUUUGAAUAUAUUGCAGUCAAUGGGACAGUCCGUCCAUAUACUCGAUUUUAGUGGUCUUAUAGUUUACUGGAACAGAAGUGCUGAAAAUCUUUAUGGAUAUUCAGCUGCGGAGGCUGUAGGGCAGGAUGUCCUUGAGCUCAUAACAUAUGGCCGAGACUUUGCAGUGGGAAGAAAUAUAAUGCGUUGUGUAAUGAUGGGGGAGAGUUGGACAGGGCAGUUUCGUGUUAAGCAUAAGACAGGCAACAUGUUUUUAGUUAUUGCAACAAAUACCCCUUUCUAUGAUGAUAAUGGCUCUUUGGUCGGGAUGAUAUGCGUCUCCAGUGAUUCCAGACCUUUCCUACAAGCAAAGGCAGUAAUAUCUGUGCCUGAGCCGGUGGGAACUAAUUCAAGAUUUAGCAGGCCAAGAAGCUUUGCUUCAGCCAAACUUGGACUUGAUCCUCAUCAGCCUCUACAAGCUGCAGUCUCCUCCAAAAUAUCAAAUUUGGUUUCCAAAGUCAGCGACAAAGUUAAAUCGAAAUUAAGAUCUGGAGAGAACAGUUUGGAUCGUGGUAUUGGAAUUGGAGGUAGUCAUCAUUCUGAUCAUGGUUUCUCGGAUGCCACUCUCUCUGACCGUAGGGAUGAUGAAGCUUCAAGUGGAGCCAGUACACCCAGAGGAGAUACACAUCCGUCUCCAUCUGGUGUGUUCUUUGGGGUUAGUCAUGAUGAGCACUCCCCAGUUAAUCUAUCCAGAGAUUCUGGUGACGAGAGUAAAGGGAAACCUGGUAUCUCUAAGAUCAUCACCUCCAAAGCCGAAUUUUGGAUUGGUAAGAAAGGUUUGGCAUGGCCAUGGAAAGGAAAUGAACAAGAUGUAUCAGAAACAAAGACGGCUCAUCCUGUCUGCCUGUGGUUACACAAUGACCAGGACAACGAGUUGGGUCAGCUGAAGAAUGCUUCUGCUACAUUGAAGUCAGAACAUCAGCUUUCUGAAACUAACCCGACUGCUAAUAGCGAGGCUCCGGGAUCUUGGUCCUCACCGUUCAGUGUGAACAGCACAAGCACUGUUAGCAAUGGUGGAAAUACCAGCAUUACUGCUGUUAAUAAAAUAGAUAUGGAAUCUGACUUCUUAGAUUAUGAAAUCAUGUGGGAGGACUUGACUAUUGGAGAAAAGAUUGGUCAAGGUUCUUGUGCAACUGUAUAUCAUGCCCUGUGGUAUGGAUCAGAUGUUGCCGUCAAGGUAUUUUCCAGGCAAGAAUAUUCUGAUGAUGUAAUAUUUUCCUUCAGACAGGAGGUGUCUCUUAUGAAAAGUCUUCGACAUCCAAAUAUUCUACUCUUCAUGGGUGCAGUAACUACACCUCAACACCUCUGUAUUGUUACAGAGUUUCUUCCUCGGGGAAGUUUGUUCCAGUUAUUACAGAGGAAUACAUCAAAAUUAGAUUGGAAGCGACACAUUCACAUGGCUUUGGAUGUUGCACGAGGCAUGAAUUAUCUUCAUCGUUGCAAUCCACCUAUUGUUCAUCGUGAUUUAAAGUCAUCCAAUCUUCUUGUCAGCAAGAACUGGACUGUGAAGGUUGGUGAUUUCGGUCUCUCACGGCUAAAACAUGAAACGUAUUUGACAACAAAGACGGGGAGGGGAACGCCUCAAUGGAUGGCUCCAGAAGUUAUUCAUAAUGAACCCUCAGGCGAGAAGGCUGAUGUGUACAGCUUUGGUGUUAUACUAUGGGAACUCGUUACCCAGAAGAUUCCAUGGGAUAACCUCAACUCAAUGCAGGUUAUUGGAGCUGUAGGAUUUAUGAACGAACGGCUAGAGAUUCCAAAGGACGUUGAUCCUCAAUGGGCUUCUAUCAUUGAGAGCUGCUGGCUAAGUGAACCACAGUUCCGGCCAUCUUUCCAAGAACUCCUGGAAAAGUUCAAAGAUCUGCAGAGACAAUAUGUCAUUCAAUUUCAAGCAGGCCGUAAUGUUGCUGGAGAUUGUGGCCAAAACGAGUUGUAG